CCUGAUGCUCCUCUCUCUCCGCCAUUUUCGGUAGCUGGUGUCGCAGAGGAGGUCGGGCUCAGUUAUCUGCUCCUUUAAGUUCAGUUUUAGAAGGCGAUUGAUUCGUUACUAACAACGAAGAUAGUCUUCAAUAACACAGUUUGAUUUAGCAAAGAUAAAUAAACCGAAGAUGUCCACCGAGCAGGUCGAGAACACGAUCGUGACGGAGGCAGCAGGCCAGCAGGCGCCGCCGCCGCUCCAGCAGCAGCAGCAGCAGCAGGCGGGAGAAGUGAAUGGGAAAGCUAAACAUGAGCCCAAUUCAAGCAGGAAGGAGAGGCCGCAGAAGAGAGGUGGUGGAGGCGGGCGCUUCGAACCCUAUGGAAACGUCAACAAGAGAUACCGCGUUUUCGUCAGCAACAUCCCAUACGACGUCAAGUGGCAAGCUCUCAAAGACCUGAUGAAGGAGAAAGUGGGUGAGGUAACGUACGUGGAACACUUAAUGGACGCAGAAGGCAAAUCGAGGGGUUGUGCCGUGGUUGAGUUUAGGACGGAAGAGCUAAUGAAGAAAGCAGUGGAGAAGGUCAACAAGCACAACCUCAAUGGACGACCCCUAAAAGUGAAAGAGGACCCAGAUGGUGUGAUCGCUCAGAGAGAAAUGAACAAGGCUCAAGGUGGAGGACAUCCAGGAGGCCACGGCGGAAUGGGAGGAAUGGGUGGAAUGGAUCGCAUGAACAUGGAUCGUAUGAACAUGGAUCGCAUGGGCCCUGGACCGAAUAGCUCCGUAGUCAACAUUCCUCCGAGCCUGAUGAACAAUCCCAACAUCCCCAACGAGGUCAUCCACGGUCUCCAGGCUGGCAGGAUUGGUAACACUGUCUUUGUGGCUAAUCUUGACUACAAAGUGGGCUGGAAGAAACUGAAAGAGGUGUUCAGCAUGGCGGGCAUGGUGGUGAGGUCCGACAUUCUGGAGGACAAGGACGGGAAAAGCAGAGGCAUGGGCACAGUCUCAUUUGAUAUGCCCAUUGAAGCAGUCCAAGCUGUCUCUAUGUUUAAUGGGCAGCUGUUGUUCAACAGAGUCAUGCACGUCAAACUGGAUGAGAAAUCCCUGCCCAAAGGGGAUUUUGGACCACCUGACAGAUCUGCUGCUGCUCUUCCCCGUGGCUUGAGUGGUAUUGGUUUGGGCCUGGGACCUGGUGGCCAGCCCAUUGAUGCUACCCAACUCAACAGAGGAGGUGGUGGUGGUGGAGGAGGAGGAAUGGGCAACAUGGGCCCUGGUGGAGGAAUGGAUGGAAUGGGCUUUGGCAACAUGGGAGGUCGUAUGGGAGGUGGUGGUGGCGGCGGUGGUGGUGGUGGUGGAGGAGGAGGAGGAAUGGAAAACUUUGGAGGAAUGAACAACAUGGAGCGUUUCGGCUCUUCAGGGAUGGGCAGAAUGAACGAGAUGGACCGUGGGAUUGGUGGUGCUUUUGACAGGGAGUUUGGGCGAAAUGAAAUGGGAAUGUCUCGCAAUAAUUUUGGUGACUCCUUUGAAAGAGGAAUGGGAAACUCCCUGGGUAUGGAGCGCAUGAGCUCUGGAAUGGACCGCAUGGGAACCAGCAUGGAGCGCAUGGGAGGGAUGGAGCGGAUGGGCAUGGACAGGAUGGAACGCGGGUCUGACCUGGACAGGCUGGGCUCUGGGUUCGACCGGAUGGGCUCGGGGAUGGACCGGCUGGGGCCUAGUAUGGACAGGCUUGGACCUGGCCUGGAACGCAUGGGCUCCAGCAUGGAACGCCUCGGCCCAUCUGGGUUUGACCGCUUGGGCUCGGCUGGUUUGGAUCGCAUGAGUUCCGGCCUGGACUUUGGCUCCUCAAUGGGUAUGGAACGCAUGGGCAACACAGGGAUCGACAGAAUGCCCAGCAGCUUCGACCGCAUGGGCUCCACUGGAGGAGGACUUGACCGCUUCUCCUCCGGUGGCCUCGACCGCAUGACCUCCGGCAUGGAUCGGAUGGGGUCUGGAGGUGUUGGUGGCCAGUUUGAUCGCUCUGGUGAAAUGGAUCGUGGAUUUGGUGGGAAUUCCUUUGGAGGAGCUGGAGGAACUGGGGGCAGCAAUAUCAGGAAGGGAUGCCAGAUCUUUGUCAGAAACCUGCCAUUUGACUUCAACUGGAAAAUGCUGAAGGAUACCUUCAACACAUGCGGCAUGGUUCAGUAUGCCGAUAUCAAGAUGGAGAACGGCAAGUCCAAGGGCUGUGGCGUGGUUCGCUUCGACACCCCUGAAACUGCAGAGCGCGUCUGCAGGACCAUGAACGGCUAUCGGCUGAAUGGAAGAGAAAUCGAUGUUAGGAUUGAUAGAAAUGCAUAAAUUAUUUGUCUGCAUUUGCCAUUUCAUUUAGUCCCUAAUGUCCAAACUCUCUAUCAUCUGACUUGCCGUUAGGAUAGUCAGAUUAGAUUCACUUGGUUUGUUGGAUAUUUGUAACAGUAAAAGUUAUUUUAGUUAGUAAUUGUUCCCAGUGAAAGUGUUUUAGUUUUUGCUUAAAUUUUACUUUUUUUUUAGAGACCAAAUUUUUAAUUUUCUUUUCUCUCAUGCUUCAACUGUCAUUGCCUUUGGUUCUAUAAGGUGUUUUGAUAAAUAAACCUCAGUAUUUGAAA